GCGGUGCUGCGGGCGUAUCAGCCGGUGCUGGACUAUGGUGCGGCUCGGCAGGGGCUGACACGGCGGCACCCCGCCCGCCCGCCCUCCCUCCCUGCCGGCUGACAGGCACGUGUGGGAUGUGAGAGCUGCCCUCGCCGGAGGAGCAUGAGCUGUGCCCAGGCCGGCAUUGUCCAGGAAUUGAUGCGCUUACAAUUGGCGGGUCAUUAUGCUGCUCCACCUGUGUAGUGUUAAGAAUCUGUACCAAAACAGGUUCCUGGGCCUGGCAGCCAUGGCGUCUCCAUCUAGAAGCUCACAAAAUCGACGCCGGUGCAAAGAACCUCUCAGAUACAGCUAUAACCCUGACCAGUUCCAUAACAUGGACAUCAGGAACAAUUCCCAUGAGACAGUCACCAUUCCUAGGUCUACCAGUGACACAGACCUUGUCACUUCAGACAGCCGGUCCACCCUGAUGGUCAGCAGCUCCUACUACUCCAUUGGGCAUUCGCAGGACCUAGUGAUAUACUGGGAUAUAAAAGAGGAAGUGGAUGCAGGGGACUGGAUUGGCAUGUAUCUCAUAGAUGAGGUCUUGUCUGAAAACUUUCUGGACUACAAGAACCGCGGUGUCAAUGGCUCUCACCGUGGACAGAUUAUCUGGAAGAUUGAUGCCAGCUCUUACUUUGUGGAGCCUGAAACAAAGAUCUGCUUCAAGUACUACCAUGGUGUGAGUGGGGCCCUACGAGCCACAACUCCAAGUGUGACAGUGAAAAACAAUGCAGCUCCUCAGAUUUUUAAAAGCAUCACCAAUGAAGACUCAAUCCAGGGACAAGGAAAUCGGAGACUGAUAAGUUUUUCAUUGUCAGAUUUCCAGGCCUUUGGUCUGAAGAAAGGAAUGUUCUUUAAUCCAGAUCCUUAUCUGAAGAUUUCCAUCCAGCCUGGAAAACAUAGCAUCUUCCCAGCACUUCCUCAUCAUGGACAGGAGAAAAGAUCUAAGAUCAUGUGUAAUACCGUCAACCCGAUCUGGCAAGGAGAGCAAUUCAGCUUUGUCUCCCUGCCCACGGACGUCCUGGAAAUAGAAGUUAAAGACAAAUUUGCAAAGAGCCGACCAAUCAUCAAACGUUUUCUGGGAAAACUUUCUAUGCCGGUUCAACGCCUCUUGGAAAGACAUGCCAUAGGGGACAGAGUUGUAAGCUACACUCUGGGUCGCAGGCUUCCUACAGAUCAUGUCAGUGGCCAGCUGCAGUUCCGAUUUGAAAUAACUUCUUCCAUCCAUCCAGAUGAUGAAGAGGUCUCCAUUAGUGCAGAUCCUGAGCCAGCUGACCUCCAGGAAAGCCCUGUGAACAAUCCCACAGAGGAAAGCCUCGGUGAGCCUCCAUGCAUCAACACAGUGACCUCAGAAAGUGCAGCUCCAGAACAGCUAAAUGGAUACAGUGUGAACAGUGUCGAUAGCCCAGGGGCUGUCAAACCACCUGGGGAAGUCAACCAGAACAGCUUAAAUGAAGAGCUAGCAGGAGAUGGGGAGGUUGAUGCGGUGCCAGUUCCUGAGCCCUUGGAAUCCAUCCCAGGAGAAAUGCUUUCUUCUUUGAGUGCUACGGACCUCACAGAGCAGUCGACUCUGAUGGCUUGCAUGUCUCCUCCUGAGACUGAAGUUAGGGAAAAUAACAAAGUCAAUUCUGGUAUUCAGGGAGAUGGUGGAGUGACCAGCAUAGAAACAUUAGAUAUUGAUGAGGUGAGUGCAGAUGUGCAUGCUGGCAAGGACUUAGAGAAGAGUCAGGAAGAAGAUGAAGGGGCUUCAGCCCAGGAGGAGGAAGACAACAAGCUACAACUGAGGACCACAGCAAAGAGGAAAAACAGGCCGUGCUCCCUGCCUGUGUCUGAACUUGAGACGGUCAUAGCUUCAGCCUGCGGUGAGCCAGAGACCCCUCGCACACACUACAUACGGAUCCACAACCUACUCCACAGCCUGCCCUCGGCACAGAUGAGCAGUGAUGGGGAAGAAGAACAAGAUGGUGGCAAUGGCGGGGAGAACGAUGAGGAAUCUACAGUCAAGGAGGUGCUGGAUAAGGAAGUGGUCAGUGAGAGUGAGACCGUAGCAGCAGAGCCUCCUCUGGACAAUGAGGCUGAAGAGAACUUCAGCCAGAGAACAGUGCCUCCUGAGACCUUGGAUGAGCAACUCUCCGACUUAAAUGAUGGGCUGUUGGAUGGGGAGCCCCUCAGGACAGGAAGCGAGAGCGAGUCAAGCUCCAGGCCCAAUGGUGACAACGAGUGCGAAGCGUGCGACACCUCUUGCUACAGCCCCUCUUGCUACAGCACUUCCUGCUACAGCACUUCCUGCUACAGCACUUCUUGCUACAGCACCUCGUGUUAUGACAGUAACAAUCGCUUCUCCAGCCAUACUCGCUUCUCCUCCGUCGACAGCGCAAAGAUUUCUGAGAGCACAGUCUUUUCCUCACAGGAUGAUGAUGAGGAGGAGAACAGUGCUUUUGAGUCAGUGCCAGAUUCAGUGCAGAGCCCUGAGCUGGACAGGGAGCAAGUGGAUGGCUCCUCCCAGUGGCCAGAUGAACUAGUAGCUCAUGCUGGGAAUCCACAAAGAGCCACAGAGGGUCUAGACACCCCAAUAGCAGGUCCAAGCAGCAGAAGAGAAGGUGAUUGUCCUUUACUCCAUAAUUCUCAGCCAGUCAGCCAGCUUCCUUCUCUGAGGCCUGACCAUCAUCACUACCCAACUAUCGAUGAGCCUCUUCCACCAAAUUGGGAAGCUCGGAUAGACAGCCACGGGAGGGUAUUCUACGUUGAUCAUGUCAACCGAACCACCACGUGGCAGCGCCCCACAGCCGCGGCAACGCCGGAUGGGAUCCACAGGUCUGGCUCCAUCCAGCAAAUGGAGCAGCUGAACCGGCGAUACCAAAACAUCCAGCGAACAAUCGCAACAGAGCGGACUGACGAUGAUGCUGUGGUAAACAACAGGGUGGAGAGAGUUCCCACUGGAGGAGGAAGUGACUCUGAGGCAGAGCCUUCUCAGCCAAGCUCAGAGAUUAGGAGGGAAGGUUCCCUUUCUCCUGUGAAUUCUCAGAAAAUCACCUUGUUGCUGCAGUCUCCCGCUGUGAAGUUCAUCACCAAUCCUGAGUUCUUCACUGUGCUGCAUGCAAACUAUAGUGCCUAUCGGGUCUUCACUAACAGUACCUGCUUGAAGCAUAUGAUUCUGAAGAUUCGUAGAGAUGCUCGUAAUUUUGAGCGAUAUCAGCACAAUAGAGACCUGGUAAAUUUUAUCAACAUGUUUGCUGAUACCCGACUGGAGCUUCCUCGUGGCUGGGAGAUAAAAACUGACCAGCAGGGCAAGUCUUUCUUCGUUGACCACAACAGCCGUGCUACCACCUUCAUAGAUCCCAGGAUUCCGCUGCAGAACGGUCGUCUCCCUAAUCACCUGACUCACAGGCAACAUCUUCAGCGACUUCGUAGCUACAGCGCUGGAGAGGCCUCUGAAGUCUCUCGAAACAGAGGAGUCACCCUGUUGGCCAGACCAGGCAAUAGUCUUGUAACAGCUAUUCGAAACCAGCACCAUCAUGAGGCAUUACCUCUGGCUUACAAUGACAAGAUUGUUGCAUUUUUACGCCAACCCAACAUUUUUGAGAUGCUUCAGGAGCGUCAGCCCAGCUUGGCCAGAAACCAUGCACUCAGGGAGAAGAUCCAUUACAUUCGGACAGAGGGUACACAUGGGCUUGAAAAAUUGUCCUGUGAUGCAGAUUUAGUAAUUCUGCUGAGCCUUUUUGAAGAGGAUAUUAUGUCCUACAUACCACUGCAGGCUGCCUUCCAUCCUGGUUAUAGUUUCUCUCCUCGCUGCUCACCCUGUUCAUCACCCCAAAAUUCCCCAGGGCUGCAGAGAGCAAGUGCAAGAGCACCUUCUCCAUACAGGAGGGACUUUGAAGCCAAGCUGCGCAAUUUCUAUCGAAAACUUGAAGCCAAAGGGUAUGGGCAAGGUCCAGGUAAAAUUAAGUUAAUUAUACGGCGUGACCACUUGCUGGAAGGCACCUUCAACCAGGUAAUGGCAUACUCACGCAAGGAGCUCCAGCGGAACAAACUCUACGUCACGUUUGUUGGCGAGGAAGGGCUGGACUACAGUGGCCCCUCCCGAGAAUUCUUCUUCCUUCUGUCUCAGGAGCUCUUCAAUCCUUAUUAUGGGCUGUUUGAGUAUUCAGCCAAUGACACUUACACUGUACAGAUCAGCCCCAUGUCUGCCUUUGUUGAAAAUCACCUGGAAUGGUUCAGGUUCAGCGGUCGUAUUCUUGGCCUUGCUCUCAUUCAUCAGUACCUUCUUGAUGCUUUCUUCACAAGGCCGUUCUACAAAGCACUACUAAGGCUACCGUGUGAUUUAAGUGACUUAGAGUACCUGGAUGAAGAGUUCCAUCAGAGCUUGCAGUGGAUGAAGGAUAACAACAUCACAGAUAUCCUGGAUUUAACCUUCACAGUGAACGAGGAGGUGUUUGGACAGGUGACAGAGAGAGAGUUGAAAUCUGGAGGGGCAAAUACAGCAGUGACAGAAAAGAACAAAAAAGAGUACAUCGAGAGGAUGGUUAAGUGGCGAGUGGAACGAGGAGUGGUUCAGCAAACAGAGGCCCUGGUCCGUGGCUUCUAUGAAGUUGUAGACUCCAGGCUCGUCUCUGUUUUUGAUGCCAGAGAACUGGAACUGGUGAUAGCUGGCACUGCAGAAAUAGAUCUCAAUGACUGGCGGAACAACACAGAAUAUCGUGGAGGUUACCAUGAUGGACACAUAGUAAUACGGUGGUUCUGGGCAGCAGUGGAGAGAUUUAACAACGAGCAGAGGCUCCGGCUGUUACAGUUCGUCACAGGAACAUCCAGCGUGCCAUACGAGGGCUUUGCUGCUCUCCGAGGAAGCAACGGGCUACGGCGCUUCUGUAUAGAGAAAUGGGGGAAAAUAACCUCCCUCCCAAGGGCACAUACAUGUUUCAACCGUUUGGAUCUUCCACCUUACCCCUCAUAUUCUAUGCUGUAUGAAAAGCUGCUGACAGCUGUUGAAGAAACUAGCACCUUUGGACUUGAAUGAGGGGUUCAGGCACUUCUGGUGUUUUUAUGGCUGAUGAUGUCACGUUUCCUGUCCACCAUCAUUUGAUCUUGGUUUCCCAUGUUUUUAUUUUUGAAAACAAAACAAAACAACAACAAAAAAAUCAAGAUUAACAAAAGCUGUGCAUGAAGAACUGCUACCCUCUACGAUCUAACCUUCAUGCUUUCAUCCUCUGUUUCCAAUGGACUGCUAGUCUGUAUGCAAUAGAAAAACAACUGUCUCAAGGUUUCUGUAUAUCUCUACAUACCUCCAUUAAUAACAAUGAAAAUACAAAUGCAAGUUACACUACACUUGACCAAAUGUUAAUAAAUGUUUACUUCCACCUGCGUUGAUUAAAAAAUAAAAAAAAACCUCAUCAAACAUUCCAAGCUUUUAUAUACCCACAUCUUCUAAAAUCAAUUCACAGCCCAUCUUCUUAACUGUUGAAUCCAGUACUAGGAGCUGGUCAAAUAUAUCUUCAUCCAUCCUUAUUUUCCCUGUGUGUAUUGUCCAUCUGAGAGACAUCUGUGAGGAAAACUGAAAUUUUUAUAUACGAACUCAUGAUCAGUUGCAUCAGCUGGAACUGGCACAGAUACAUGGUGCAGAUAUGACCUUCAAAAAUUAAAAAAACCCAACCUGUAAUGCAAUGCAAAAAGCAUAACAGCGAUUGUUAUGAUUGUUGCUUGCCAGUGCUGGAGAGAACUUGCACUUCAGAUAUAUUGGGAGGGGCAUCUCCAUUGUAAUGUUUACCACACAAGAAGCACAAGGUUGUGCACAUUCAAGAAGGAUGUUUUAUUAUGUAGCAUAAAGGACAAGGCUCCCUUACCUUAGUAUUGUAUAUGACAAGGAAAAGGGGAAGUAAGAAGAAUGUUCUACUCUUAUGAAUACUCUUGGGUUCUGUUUACCAGAUCUUUGUUUUCUGAUGUUGAAAAUGCUCCUUUCCAAAUGAGAAGUCUAGACAAUCCCAUCCCCUGUGUCAGAAGCCAUUUAUUUUCUGUCAGGCUGGGCUAAUCUGUGGUUGGUGGGGGUUGUUUUCGGUUCUGUCUUUUUUCUUUUCUUGUUCAGUGGAAUUCUCCAUAUCCUCAAGAGUGGUUGGUUGUAGACAAAAUGUUUUCAUCUAGGGUCUGUCAGAUAAGAAGCUGCAUUGAUUGAGGGUGUUUGUCAGGGAUGAAGAGGACUGUAACUCUCUGUGCGUUAAGACUUUGUUGCACUUCCUCUUGGAGGAAGCCCAAAGGCCCUCCAGUCAUGCUAGAUACCACUAAACUAAAAAUCCAGCUCUUGUUACUACAGACAUAACCCACUUCAGUUUGGUGUAUUUUGCAUUCCAACUCUGAAUCCAGGCAACAAAAGCAAAACAGCAGUAAGAUUGUCUUCGGAUGAAUUCUGCUGAGGCUCUUACAGUCAACCUCACUGCUCUGAUUAUGUUCUAUUUAUUAAUCUUUGCUGCCAUUGUUUUCCAAGACUAAUCUCAGAUUGAAAGUGUUUGUCUUGACUGGGAAAAGGAAAUACGAGUAUCUUCUGACACUAAAUAUGUUAAAGGAUGCGUGAAAUACGAACAGAGAGCCUUGUGAAGGUAAGUGAGAAGGUAACAUCAUGGUGUCUAGCAGCUCACAUGAAAUACCACACCCCCUCGGGGGCUUGUUACUGGUAGCUUUGUGUUAACUAUGCUUCAGCAAAUUGUAAAAUGAGGAGAUUAGCGUAAGGUCUAACACAUCUAAGUUUUCUCUUCAGAGAAAAAGAUUGGACACUGCUUUCUUGCAUAGUUUUAUGGUGGCUGUACAGAAUCUCAUCUCACUUGAAAAACUGCAUCUGAGAGUUUUAGAUCAUUCUCCUGCUUUUAUUCUUAGAACAACAGGUAUUUGAAAGAUGAUGGACCCCAAAACAUUUCUAAGCAGAAAUAAUAGCUUUUGUCAAUGAUACAUUAAAAAAUAUUUAAAUUGCCCCAUUCAUUCAAUUUCUGUGAUAUUUCUGCCACUUUUAUACUAAUUUAAUGUAUGGCUUUUACUGAGAAUCUAUUUUAUAGUAUGCUGUUACUGUUCUUAUUGAGUAAUCAUUUUACAAUUGCAGAGGGAGGCUGCAGCUACAGGCCAGCUUCACUGUACCACACACCAAAAAUGAUGUUUAGUAUUUCCAUAAAUGAGCUCUCAGGCAUCUAUUUCACAUGACCAGCCCAACUGCUCAGGAGAGAUGGAAAACUUAGCGUUUUUCUGAGAGCAUCUGUCAUAUGCACAUAAAUUCCAUCAGAACAAGUGACACCAGGAAAGACUGAACGUGAAAUCUUCCAAUUUCUGCUUCUUCACCUCUGAGCCCCAAAAUCCAGUGAUUCCUGUAUGGUUCUUAAUUUAUUCCUGGUGAUGUGUUAUAGUUACCUGCACUAUGUCAAAUGUUGGAUGCCUUCCAACAUUAGAAGAAAAGAAAGAGAAGCAUCCAGGUGGUUGGUCCAUGUUUGGCCAGAGAAAAUCAAAAGCUGUCUCAUUAACAUAGUAAAAAAGUAAAAAAAAAAAAAGUAAAAAAAAAAAUCCAAUCUUUACAAUGCUGUAUAGUUGAAUUUUUUUACGUAUUUUAAAACUAUAUUUUAUUAAGAAAAAGUGAAACUAUUUUUUGUAGCAUAAUAAAAGAUGUUUGUAUUUCAGAGACAGCAUCAAACCCCAUUGGUUGAAAUAUGGAAAGCUUUCUUCUAAAAUUCUUCUUCAUGACAUGUUCUGACACUUGCUAGAUUAUGUAAAAUAGAUUAUGUUUGGCAGAUGCCAUCUCGAGCACUUUGUAUUCCUGCUCUGAGAAACAUGCAGCACAGCCAGCUACUUCCCAUCAAAAUCCUUGAUCCAAGCUGUUUUUCAAGCCCACAGCCUAAUAUUUUUAAAAGGUUGCUUUCUAAGUUGACGAAGUCAUGCAGACUUCCUCGCAAGUUUUUUGGAUCUAAAGCCAGGAAUAGAGACAAUUGGCUGUUUUCAUAAAACAAAGAAAAAGAAAAUUACAUACUCGGCUGUUCUGGUAUUCUACCAUUCCAGUCCUAUCCCUCUCUCUUCCCAAAUGCCCUACCCUAACAGGUUUUCAGACUCCAGGAUAUCCAGGUCGAUGCUUCUCUUUUCAUUGUGUCAUACCAUGGGCAGCAUCCAGUCCCAGCCUGGAGUAAGGGGAAGCCAUGCAUCUAAGUGGUGUCGUGAUGUUGGAGUGAGGCAGUGAAUGGUGCUAACAGGACAGAGGGUGGAACCUAUCUCCCCUGGCCUGUUAUUUAACCUGCCCAUUAAGCAAUUCGUUGACUUCGUUGUUGUUAUGCAUAUGCAAGACAUAUACCCUUCCUUGUUCAUCUUGUGAUUCAAAUGCUGAUACUCACUCCCCAAGUCUGCGUUUUCAUUUGUUAAACACCAACUGUUGAUUACAGAAAUUCUGGUUUCAUUGUUUCCCCACGGGAAAGACCAGAAGAUAUUCCAUAGGGCAGAUUCACAGUAAAAAAAUCUUCUGAGCUCUUUAAACCUCAGUUCCAUUUAAACAUGGUGGUGACUAGAUAUCAUGGUGGCUAGAUUAGGUAUGUCAUCAACAUCAAUAGAUUUUUAAAAUGUAAAUGAAAAAUGAAAGAGGCAAUCUGACAGCUUUUGUGAAUUCUAGUUUUUGAUGGGAGCAAUGAAUAUUGACAACUUGUAUGUUUUCAGAGGGUCUAUAUGUUUCUGAGUGGUUGUCAUGAUAGUAUUAAUGGUAGAGGGAGGGAAGGGGAUAUUUCUUUUUAUGAAAUCCUGUUGCCCUACAUUGAUCUGAAGAUAAGAGAAUGAAAACAGGUAUUUUAGAUCACCAGUAGGUCUUCCACCUUGAGGUAGUCUCACUGACUGUUCAACCACAUCAGCUAUGCAGGAUUUGAUCCAGUGAAAACAAGUGUUAUUGUUAACAGCAUUACCAAAUGCUGUCAAUUCGGUCUGCGAUGCAUUACAUGAGCUUUCAGUUUCAGUCAUGUGGCUGUGCAUAUUCAAAACUUGACUUUUGUAUUCCAGGGAGACCCAUGGCUAUGACAAGGAAAGAAGUGAGUGGUCCAAACUACAUCUAACACCUAAUGGAGAAAUCAUGAGUUUUGUACAAAUCUGACACAGGGGACUUUUUUCACCCAGUUUGCUCAAGUGCCAGUGAACUUUUCAAUGGACUGUAGCUGAGGUUUAAGUUCAUAGUCUAGUCUGAGAGACAGCCUGUGGGGAGGGGGGUGUUUGUUGGGUUUGUGUUUUGUUAUUCUAGUUUCACUGUAACAAAGAGUUGACAUACCUCUAGUUGGAAACAAUAGGAUACUAAAUUUGAACAUGAAAAUCAAAUCUGAAAUAAGCUAAAAUAUAAGCGCACAGGGGACGAGUUAAACUCGUCCUUCACAAUUAAUCCUGUGACAGUCUAUGGAAUUUCAGAAGGACAAAUUUGACUGGAGAUUUUUUUAAUUUCUGUUGAAAUAAUAUUUGCCCUGUCUCCGUAGUAAUAUUAAUAGGGCUUCCCAGUCAAGAUUAAACACUUUCAGUCCAGUGCAGACCAACAGAUCUUUCUACAACAAAUGCGGUGCUUUUUUAUUAUUCUUGCUGUACCUCAGUGUUCAUUAUUGAAAGAUAAAAUUACUGCAAUAUACUAAAUCUGGGAUAGGUUUUCCAGUUAUCACAAGGUCCAAAAGAUUGGAUUGCUACUUUCUCUCUAGUGAGUCAUGUAGGUCCUUUGUUCUAGUAGAAAAACAGAUGCCUGUAGAUAGUAGUUACUAAGUAUAGUAAAUAUUGUACCAUUAACCAAAUUCCCUGCAGCUUCCACUUUAUCUAACAGAAAUGUCUGUUAUGGUUUUUGUUAAAGACUACAUAAAGUCAAUGGCAGGAAAGGUCCUCAUUACUGGACUGAUUUUGCUUAUAUUGACAGAAAAAUGUCACAUGAUACUCAGGCUGUGCUUUCUAUUCAACCAUAUCACUAUAGAGGAAUGUCAAUAAAAUCACUUUGUUAUGGCA